AUGUUAGGCGGGUUCAAAACAAGAUAUAUUACCUUCGGUUUCCUUGGAGGAGACAAGCAAGCUCGACAAGGAAACCCUAUUCUCCGAGAAAGAGGUACCUUGAAUAUGAAUGUCUUUGAAAUUGGAAGCGGGGACUUCAAUGAAUUUAUUCACAAUCUCCGUGAUGCCCUGUCGGAUACUCGGUUUGAGUGUCAUGGAAAGAAGGUUCUAAAGGACAUUGCUGGACCUUUCGAGUUCAUUUUACGGGAUGAGAUGCGUCAACUUGAAGCCACAAUCACACUUGGCCAAAACGAUCUUUAUGUAUAUGGGUUCGUCUCUGGUGGGAAUCGGCGAGAAAUUAAGAGUGGCGGACCACAACUCAUUCGCAUGUCUCAGGACUUACCAUUCGACGAGUCCUACGGUUCCAUGAUGAAGACUGCUUUUCCUAACAAGAAGCAGCUGUUAGAGGACGUCAAGGUGGGAAGUUUCGAGCUCUUACUUGCGUUGCGGUCGUUUGCGGCGUCAGAUAAGUCUCAAUCCUUGGCUCGUGGCAUUCUCGUUGUGGCUCUAAUGCUUUCUGAAUCCAUAAGAUCAGAUGAAGUUCUGAAAGAUUAUUACUCAGAACUAUUUGAUGAGAUGCCUGACAAAAUGAAAGAACUGUUUAAGCAUGUGGAGGAAGUUAAAGAAAGUGUGGGAAUGGUGAAAAAUGUGAUGAUUUUAGUUAAGUUGCCAGGCAACAGGGGUUCGAGUGAGUGGAGAUUGGGGGAUAGGGAGGUGCACAUUCCUCAUCACUGA